UAUUGUUUUUUGGUUCCUUGGAUUGAAUUUUUAUGGAGUUUGCCGAUUUCUAGUGAACGAACAUGUGGACCGUACUCUCAGUUAAGCUAAGAAAACAUAUCUUAUUAUAUAUAAAGAAAUAUUACAUGUUAAUGGAUAAUAAUUCGAAUUUUUUUUAAUUAAGAUUUCAAUCAUAACAAAUAAAAAAUAUACUCAGGUUCUCCACAUUUUGGGAUUAGUUUUAGUUUAGUCAGUGUAUGUUUCCGGUUAUCAGGGGAAAACGUAAAAUCUAUUUGGUUUACUAUAACACUCCAUUUUGGGACGGUUUUAUUGUGUUUUUUAUCGUCUUUGGGAAUUUUGCAUUCAAAAAUAUUAUCGUCCACGUGGCAAAUCCUCGUCAGCCGGCUCACGAGAACCUCAAUUUCCCAAUCUUAAUUAUGUUAUCUGGGUUCUCUAUAUAUUAAACCACUCAAACGCACGAUUGCUGCAGUGGUGUUCAGAGCGUUAUAAGCGUUUCAUUUAAAAUAGCUCGAAGAAGAAGAAGAAGAAGAUAGCAACAAUGGCGUCAAGCUCUGCCACUCUGCUCAAAGCCUCGCCUGUGAAAUCCGAUUGGGUUAAGGGACAGAGCCACCUCCUCCGUCAACCUUCCUCCGUCGCAGCUAUCCGGAGCCACGUGGCACCUUCCGCUCUCACCGUUCGUGCCGCCUCUGCUUACGCCGAUGAGCUCGUCAAGACAGCUAAAACAAUCGCGUCUCCGGGACGCGGAAUUUUGGCGAUGGACGAGUCAAACGCGACUUGCGGGAAACGUUUGGCGUCGAUUGGGCUAGAGAACACGGAGGCUAACCGUCAGGCUUACCGAACUCUGCUAGUGUCGGCUCCAGGACUGGGACAGUACAUCUCCGGAGCAAUCCUGUUCGAGGAAACUCUCUACCAGUCCACCGUCGACGGCAAGAAAAUGGUCGAUGUCCUCGUCGAGCAGAACAUCGUCCCUGGCAUCAAAGUCGACAAGGGUUUGGUGCCACUUGUUGGGUCAAACGACGAGUCAUGGUGCCAAGGACUCGACGGUUUAGCCUCUCGUACCGCUGCUUACUACCAACAAGGUGCUCGUUUCGCCAAAUGGCGUACUGUUGUGAGCAUUCCAAAUGGACCCUCUGCUUUGGCUGUUAAAGAAGCGGCUUGGGGACUUGCCCGCUACGCCGCUAUUUCUCAGGACAGCGGUCUGGUACCGAUUGUGGAGCCGGAGAUUCUACUGGACGGAGAACACGGCAUUGACAGGACAUACGAGGUUGCAGAGAAGGUCUGGGCUGAGGUCUUCUUCUACCUUGCUCAGAACAACGUCAUGUUCGAAGGUAUCCUCCUGAAGCCGAGCAUGGUUACUCCUGGUGCUGAGGCCAAAGACAGAGCUACUCCCGAGCAAGUUGCUUCCUACACUCUUAAGCUCCUUCGCAACAGAAUCCCUCCUGCUGUUCCCGGAAUCAUGUUCCUGUCUGGUGGACAGUCCGAGUUGGAGGCCACUUUGAACCUGAACGCAAUGAACCAGGGAACGAACCCAUGGCACGUGUCCUUCUCCUACGCACGAGCCUUGCAAAACACCUGCUUGAAGACAUGGGGAGGCAGAGAAGAGAACGUCAAGGCAGCUCAGGACACUCUCUUGACCAGAGCCAAGGCCAAUUCGCUGGCUCAGCUCGGGAAAUACACAGAAGAAGGUGAGUCCGAGGAUGCUAAGGAGGGUAUGUUUGUAAAAGGCUACACCUAUUAAGCUAUUUGUAUCAAUUAUUCCCGAUAUCAAAAACUCAAAACAUGAGCUUGAUUCUGGUGUUUGAGUUGUAAUACUCUUCUUCUUAUAAGGAGUAUAAAAAGUCAAUUCGUGUUUUAUGUGACUAGUUUUCUUUCUCCAUGGUCGUUUUGUACUAUCUGCCUACUGCUUAUAAUUGAGUUACGUCUGUUCAUAUCA